AUGGACACUGCAAUGGUACCAUGCUACAUCAUUGUCAGUUUACAUGAUCAUGUUAUUGAGGCUGAAGUUGCUUCUGGUCCUUAUGCAGGAUCAACUCUGCUAAUCCCAAGAAUACCACAUGUAUCUCAAGAAAUAGAAUUUCCAUUUACAUUUACACACAAACAAUUUCCUGUCAAGCCAGCUUUUGCCUUGGCAUGCAACACGGCACAGGGUCAGACUUUUGAACAAAUUGGAAUAUAUCUUCCGACACAAUUCUUUUCACAUGGUCAGUUGUAUUUUGCAUUGUCUAGAUUUCAAAAGAAAGCUAAUAUGAAAAUAUUGGCCGAGAGAAAUGAAAACAGUAUGAUUACUGACAAUGGUGUCUACAAGAAGAUACUACUUUAA